AUGUCAGACGUAAUCCCUCCAAACGACUAUGUUAGUUACCCGGGAGACCAACCAUGGAAUGUCCCUUUCCCAUCUCCACCUAGGACUCCAAAUAAAGAUCCCACGUCAUCUGGAAGUGAGGCUGACAACAAUGAUCCGCUAGACAAAAUAGCUAAAGUGAAGCAUCAUCUCCAAUAUUUGUGUACGGCUACGGAUUGGUGGGAAACGAAAUGUGAUAUUCAUGGCCAGGUGUUGGGAAACUUGACGAACAAGCUGAACAAAGCAUAUUCUGGAGAAGUGAAGCAAACAAUGGAAGCGAAAAAUUAUGCUUCCGUCAUCUCACCAGACUACAAUUGGAGCGAAAUAGAUGUUGCUGGUGUCUGGGAGGUGCUGAAUAGGUGUGGCCAGGGAAUGGCUGAUCAUAGCCUUGUGCAUGCAGCGAGGAAGAAGACCAAGGACAUGGAUCUAUUCAUGGACCUGUAA